UUUAAACGGCACGUGGGUGAGCAGGAGGAGGAUGCUGACCUCUGGAUCGGAUACUCAGCCUUUCAUUUGGGUGACUACAAGAGAGCACUGGAGGAAUAUGAGGCCUUAACCAAACAACCAGAUUGCAAUCCAGAUGUUUGGGUGAACCUUGCCUGUACAUACUUCUUUCUGGGAAUGUACACGCAAGCUGAACAAGCAGCCUUGAAAGCACCUAAGAGUCGUCUCAAGAACCGUUUACUCUUUCACCUGGCACAUAAGUUUAGUGAUGAGAAGAAACUGAUGAGCUGUCACCAGAAUCUGCAAGAUGUUACAGAAGAUCAGCUUAGCUUGGCAUCUAUCCACUACAUGCGGUCCCACUACCAAGAAGCUAUUGAUAUCUACAAACGCAUUCUUCUUGAUAAUCGGGAAUACCUGGCUCUGAAUGUAUAUGUGGCCCUAUGCUAUUACAAACUGGAUUACUAUGACGUAUCACAGGAAGUGUUAGCUGUUUAUCUUCAGCAAGUUCCUGACAGCACCAUUGCUCUUAACCUUAAGGCUUGUAACCAUUUCCGACUUUACAAUGGGAAGGCUGCUGAGGCAGAGCUCAAGAACUUGACAGACAGUGCCUCAUCAUCUUUUGAGUUUGGCAAGGAGCUCAUUAAGCACAAUCUGGUGGUGUUCCGAGGAGGAGAAGGGGCUUUGCAGGUCCUGCCUCCUCUGGUUGAUGUUAUUCCUGAGGCAAGACUGAAUCUUGUGAUUUACUAUCUCCGUCAAGAUGAUGUGCAGGAAGCUUAUAACCUGAUUAAGGACCUGGAACCUACAUCUCCACAGGAGUACAUCCUCAAAGGUGUGGUAAAUGCAGCAUUUGGACAAGAAAUGGGCUCGAGAGAUCAUCUGAAAAUUGCUCAGCAGUUCUUCCAUUUGGUGGGUGAAUCAGCCAGUGAACGUGAUACCAUCCCAGGGAGACAGUGCAUGUCCUCCUGCUUCUUUCUUCUUAGACAGUUUGGUAAUGUCCUCAUUUACCUGAACUCAAUCAAGAGUUACUUCUACAACGAUGACACUUUUAACUUCAACUACGCCCAAGCCAAAGCUGCCAUGGGCAAUUUUAGUGAGGCUGAAGAGGUGUUCCUUUUGAUCCAGAGUGAGAAGAUAAAGACUGAUUUUGUUUACCUUAGCUGGCUAGCUCGCUGCUAUAUUAUGAAUAAGAAACCACAGUUGGCCUGGAGUCUCUAUCUGAAGAUGGAAACGUCAGGGGAGUCCUUUAACCUUUUGCAGCUCAUUGCAAAUGAUUGCUACAAG